AACCUGCUCGACUAGCAUCACCAACGCCCAUAAAGUAGCGAUAUACAGGAAAUAAACCCAGCUGCUAGAAGAGGAGCCGCCUCUUUCCGCUACAUCCGACCGGCUCAGUCGUUCCAGUGCGGUGGUCGUGAUUUUGGAUUGAAGCCUCUCGCAUAACGUUAUCAUUAUCAAUUCUCGGAUGUACAGCAUCCACUGUAUAAGUUAGCUGCUUUUAAUACCGUGAUAGAUAGCUCUCCCUGCUUUGGACUGAUACACCGGUGACUUCGACUGUUUUCACUCCCUUUUCAACGUUAUACGAAAAAAUGGCAACCCAAAUCGAUAAAGAGGCUUGCAGAGAGGCUUACAACCAAGUCAGAGACGAUAAUUCGGACAUCAAUUGGACUGUGUUCAAAUAUGAGGGCGCCAUGAUCGUGCCUGCGGGACAAGGGGCGGACUAUGAGGACUUCAAGAGUAUGUGCACAGAUGACGCCCGUCUGUUUGCCUUCGUCCGGAUCACGAUGGGGGACGCCAUGAGCAAACGGGCCAAGUUCACCCUCAUUACCUGGAUCGGGGAGAACAUCAGCGGGCUGCAGCGCGCCAAGAUCAGCACCGACAAGGCGCUGGUCAAGGAGAUCGUGCAGAACUUUGCCAAGGAGUUCAUGUUCAGCGAUCCGAGGGAACUGGAUGCGGACAACAUCCGCACAGAGCUGAAGAAGGCCGGUGGAGCCAACUAUGACGCACAGGCCGAGUAGAGAAG